UCAUCACCCAGCCAACCCACUCAAACACUAUAGAAGGCGAUGCAAAGGCAAAGCAAUCCACACGACACAACCCCACUUCAUAGUCUCACUCUCACUCUCAAACUCAUUUACUCUACCUCAAAAUUCAACCAGAAACACAGAGAAAUUAAUGGCGACAGUGAAGAGAAUCAAGCUUGGCUUACAAGGCCUGGAAGUUUCAGCUCAAGGCUUAGGCUGCAUUGGCAUGUCUGCCUUCUAUGGCCCUCCAAAACCUGAGCCUGAAAUGGUCGCCUUGAUCCACCAUGCCAACAACAGUGGUGUCACUUUACUCGACACUUCUGAUGUAUAUGGACCUCACACCAAUGAAACUCUUCUCGGCAAGGCUUUGAAGGGAGGGAUGAGAGAAAGAGUUGAAUUGGCCACUAAAUUUGGUGUCAGCUUUGCGGACGGCCAGAUGGAAAUACAUGGUGAUCCAGCCUAUGUGAGGGCUGCCUGUGAGGCGAGCUUGAAGCGGCUAGGUGUUGAUUGUAUUGAUCUUUACUACCAACAUCGGAUUGACACUCGAGUUCCGAUUGAAGUCACGAUUGGGGAACUCAAAAAACUAGUUGAAGAGGGAAAAAUAAAGUAUAUUGGUCUAUCUGAAGCAUCUGCUUCAACAAUUAGACGAGCUCAUGCUGUUCAUCCAAUAACAGCCGUGCAGUUGGAAUGGUCCUUAUGGUCACGAGACGUGGAGGAAGAGAUUGUUCCUACUUGCAGGGAACUUGGCAUUGGGAUUGUUGCAUACAGUCCUCUAGGACGAGGAUUCUUUUCAUCGGGGCCUAAGUUGCUUGAAAACAUUUCAAAAGAUGAUUCUAGACAGUAUUUUCCCAGGUUGCGACCUGAAAAUCUGGAGCAUAACAAGAAGUUAUUUGAGCGUGUUAAUGAGAUUGCAACAAAGAAAGGAUGCACCACAUCACAGCUUGCACUAGCCUGGGUUCAUCACCAAGGAGAUGAUGUUUGUCCAAUUCCUGGAACCACCAAAAUUGAAAACUUCAAUCAAAAUAUUAAAGCGUUGUCUGUGAAACUAGCUCCAGAAGAAAUGGCUGAACUUGAAUCCAUUGCUGUAGCAGAUGCUGUAAAGGGUGAAAGAUAUAUGAGUGACUUUGCUACUUACAAGACCUCCGAAACUCCAACGCUGUCUUCAUGGAAAGCUUCUUAAAGGGAUGAAGACAUGGAUAUUAUGCCUUCUCCAUGCUUUUAUCUACUUUCUGCAAGCCUAGGAGUGUGUUGCAUCCCUCCAUUUUGUUGCGAUAUAAGUAUUUUGUGUGAAAUUAUUAUGUUUGAUAUGGAUAAGAGCAGAACCGUGUAAUGUUUUUGUUAGAAACUAAAUAAAGAUGCAAGGGCGACUAUUAUAUAGCACCAUAGAGCAUAUUAUAAGUUUCACAUUGUAAGGUUUCAUAUUUUACAUUGUGCUUCAUUUUGAAUUAUUUUGCAUUUAUUUCAUUUG